AUGGGGGGUCCAGACAAUGUGAAGAUCAAAACUGAACAUAUUACUGAUGAAGAAACAAGGUCACAGGUGCAGUCGAUCUUACAGGCUGAGACUGAAUCACAAUUGCAAGAGGCAAUUGCACAGGCAGCCAGCUUAAUCAGUCUUGCUGGUCACAAUGUUCGCAUAACACUGGAAAACAAACAAGAGACUGCUUUGGACUUGGCACACUGGUAUGUCCUCCAGCGGACCCGUGCACCUUUUGAAAGGUUCAGAGAUGGUUUAACAUCUCUAGGUGUCCUAGAUGCUCUCCAGAGAUACCCUCUACAAACAAAAUGCCUUUUUGUGAAGGCUGAAAAGGGUUUAACAGCGACUGAUGUGGAGAAUCUCUUCGAGAUCAUUUACUCCGAAAGAGGGAGUAAUGCAUUUCGAGAAGAGUGCCGAAUCCUGGCUUUCUGGCAAGACUAUCUUCAGGAUGCUGAAAUUGAAAACGAUGUCUCUCUAGAAGAUAUUCUCGUUUUCUUCACUGGAUGUGACAGCAUUCCAGCACUGGGUUUCUCUCCAAAGCCCAGCCUUGAAUUCAUCACCCACUCUCGAUUUCCAGUGGCUAAUACUUGCGAAAAUAUUCUUCGCAUACCAGUUCAUGCAGAAUACACAGAUUUCAGAUCUGACAUGAAUUUUGCCAUACGCAAUUCACCCGGAUUUGGAAGAGCAUGAGAUGUCAAAAGUAUU